AUGUUCUCCAAGGGUGAUGAGCCGGAAGACUGGCAGAUUCGCAACAUGAGAAAUAGAGCAAUUUGGACUGCAUCACCGCACAGAUCGGCGGACUCACAUCCUGCGAACGGCGGGCAACGACUUGGAUCAGCAUGGCUCUUGCUCGAACGAGGAUCGACGGACUCACUCUCUGCGAACGGCGGGCAACGACUUGGAUCAGCAUGGCUCUUGCUCGAACGAGGAUCGACGGACUCACAUGCUGCAAACGGCGGGCAACGACUUGGAUCAGCAUGGCUCUUGCUCGAACGAGGAUCGACGGACUCACAUGCUGCGAACGGCGGGCAACGACUUGGAUCAGCAUGGCUCUUGCUCGAACGAGGAUCGACGGACUCACAUCCUGCGAACGGCGGGCAACGACUUGGAUCAGCAUGGCUCUUGCUCGAACGAGGAUCGACGGACUCACAUGCUGCAAACGGCGGGCAACGACUUGGAUCAGCAUGGCUCUUGCUCGAACGAGGAUCGACGGACUCACAUCCUGCGAACGGCGGGCAACGACUUGGAUCAGCAUGGCUCUUGCUCGAACGAGGAUCGACGGACUCACAUCCUGCGAACGGCGGGCAACGACUUGGAUCAGCAUGGCUCUUGCUCGAACGAGGAUCGACGGACUCACGAUCUGCGAACGGCGGGCAACGACUUGGAUCAGCAUGGCUCUUGCUCGAACGAGGAUCGACGGACUCACGAUCUGCGAACGGCGGGCAACGACUUGGAUCAGCAUGGCUCUUGCUCGAACGAGGAUCGACGGACUCACAUCCUGCGAACGGCGGGCAACGACUUGGAUCAGCAUGGCUCUUGCUCGAACGAGGAUCGACGGACUCACGAUCUGCGAACGGCGGGCAACGACUUGGAUCAGCAUGGCUCUUGCUCGAACGAGGAUCGACGGACUCACAUCCUGCGAACGGCGGGCAACGACUUGGAUCAGCAUGGCUCUUGCUCGAACGAGGAUCGACGGACUCACGAUCUGCGAACGGCGGGCAACGACUUGGAUCAGCAUGGGUCUUGCUCGAACGAGGAUCGGCGGACUCACAUCCUGCGAACGGCGGGCAACGACUUGGAUCAGCAUGGCUCUUGCUCGAACGAGGAUCGACGGACUCACUCUCUGCGAACGGCGGGCAACGACUUGGAUCAGCAUGGCUCUUGCUCGAACGAGGAUCGACGGACUCACAUGCUGCAAACGGCGGGCAACGACUUGGAUCAGCAUGGCUCUUGCUCGAACGAGGAUCGACGGACUCACAUCCUGCGAACGGCGGGCAACGACUUGGAUCAGCAUGGCUCUUGCUCGAACGAGGAUCGACGGACUCACAUCCUGCGAACGGCGGGCAACGACUUGGAUCAGCAUGGCUCUUGCUCGAACGAGGAUCGACGGACUCACGAUCUGCGAACGGCGGGCAACGACUUGGAUCAGCAUGGCUCUUGCUCGAACGAGGAUCGACGGACUCACGAUCUGCGAACGGCGGGCAACGACUUGGAUCAGCAUGGCUCUUGCUCGAACGAGGAUCGACGGACUCACAUUCUGCGAACGGCGGGCAACGACUUGGAUCAGCAUGGCUCUUGCUCGAACGAGAAUCGACGGACUCACAUACUGCGAACGGCGGGCAACGACUUGGAUCAGCAUGGCUCUUGCUCGAACGAGGAUCGACGGACGUACCACCUACAAGUAAACACUUGACAUCAAUGAUAGCAACCUUUGAACUUUCCAAUAAUCUUACCCAAAUAUGA